GUCCAGUCAGCAGGCCCAGAAUGGAGAGGGAAAGGAUAUGCAUCCUCUGUCACAUUGUCUACAACUCAAAGCAAGAAAUGGAUGAGCACGUGAGGAGCAUGCUGCACCACCGUGAGCUUGAGAACCUCAAGGGCCGGGACUGCAGCCACGAGUGCCGGGUUUGCCGGGUGUCGGUGGUGGGCCUGACGGAGUACGCCAGUCACAUCUCCAGCCCCCUGCACAAGCAGCGUGUGCAGGCGCGCUGGCGUGAGGACACGGGGGCCGGCCGGCAGGAGAGGUACUUCCAUGAGGAAUUGGCGUGCCUCAUCGAGAAACGGAAGGAGCUUAAUCGGAUUGAGGAGGAGGAAGCAAAAAAACAGACCAAAAAGGAAGAAGAGCGGCUUAAGCAGCAGAAACAUCAAAUGGAACAGCAACGGGUCCAGCGGAAGGAUGGGCAGCAGCGCUGGGGCUACCCUAGAUACCCUCAGCUCUCGAAAGGCUUCAGCAUGCCCAGCUGGCAGGGAAAUGGAGGUGAAUGGGGCUCGGCAAGGGUGCUGCAGGACCGACCGUGGUCCUCUCGCCAUCAGAGCCGGGCUGCCACCUGGCAUGCUGAGGGAGGUGCUGACCUCCAGAAGUGGCGGUCUGUCGAUGAAGCAGUGGGAGGCUUGGGAAGCGCCGCGUCGGGAGUCGGAACACGGGAGUAUGUGGGAAUCCCCCUGCGACAGAAACACCACAUCUCUUUGCCAAGUAGCGACUGCAGCAGUAACCUAAGCCGGGGUGGCAGGUUCUACUGGGACCAGAUGAAAGAACCUCUCCACAAGCAGGUAGAGGCAGACUUCAGAAGUGACGGUCUUCCCCGGUUGGAUGCCAUUAACUUCAGGAAGGGACAUGGUGCCCACACUCAAGAACAUGAAGAAUGGUCUGAAGGUCUUCAAAGCCACAUGGCUGGGGAUCAGAGCAAAGAUGGAACUUCUGGGGACAAAAGCAAGGGAAGGGCCUCUAAUCUCAAAGAAAAAGUGAAUCGCUGGGCGCCCUACCCUCCUGCCAAGUACAAUGAGAUGAUGCCCUGGAAGGAAGUCAGCGACUGUGUGUCUGAAGACUAUCCCACAGUGACACCUGGCCUGGAACAGAACACAAAGUCAGAUUCUGAUUUGCUGCAAUGCAACACACAGUCAGUUCAUACGUCAGGGAGGGAAUUGGGAGGAUGGUAUGGUGUCUCCUCAGCUCCUCAGAAUGACCAGGGUAAAGAUCGAGAGCAUUCAGAAAGCAGUAGCCUGGCUUUGUCCUCUUCUAUAUUUAGAGAACCAACAUCUGGAACCUUUUCCAAAUCCAAAUCUAUUCCCGACCAUAGACCCUCCACUUGUGACUCCACUGAAUUGAAACCUCACGAAAUCACCUUAAACUCUCCAAAGAAUCAUGAGCCAAAUUCACAAGACCAGAGACUCACUGAGCUGAUGGGGAAAACCAAAGCUUUUUUAAAGGAGAAUUCAGAGCCUGUUAAUGCAUCAACAGCAGAAGUCAGUAUGGAGACUGUACUGUUUAUAGAGGAGAAACAGGGGCCAGACGGCAUUGAAUGUGAGGCUGGAGAAGAGAGAGAAUUAUUUAAGGCGAACAAGAAUCUCAACAGUGGUUACUCCACAGAAGGAUCCAGACUCGCUUGCUCCUUGCAGUCCAUCCAAGUGAGCACUUCAACCUGUAACAUCGCAGAACAUUCUGUUCCUUCAAUUCUCGACCAAGGAAACAAAGUGGAUAUAAAGGAAGCAGGACACCAAGAAGAAGACGACGGCAGAGAAUUAGCAGAGCAGACGAUACAUACGAUGGACGAAGGAUUUGGUUCGGACAAUGAAGCUGCCAAGAAGGGUCGUGUGCCGCAGUGCUCCAGCUCUGAGGUGCCUGACCUUAGCAAGCUAGGCCUCCCUGCCUCUCUGAAGCGAGACCUGACGAGGCACAUCGGCUCGAAGCAUAAGACGGGGACCCAUGAGCCCAACCUGAAUAUCGCCCGGCGUAUCCGCAGCCUUAGUGGCAUUCGGAAGGGUGAAGCGGAGAAUGACUCUGGCCUGAAGCCGACCCUCCGGCAAAUCAUCAGCUGCUGUGGGUCCCGGAGGAACGUGAACUGGGACCAGGUGUAUCUUGAGGUGUGCAGGAGGAGGCAGGAGCAGGGAAGAGGCAUGCCAAGGUUUGGGAUUGAGAUGGUGACGCAGGUUCAGUAUGAAGAAGACAUUCCCUUCGCAGAGGGAUUUGACUGGAAGCCUGACUCUGCCUUGAACGGGGGCACCCAGCGCGAGCGUAGUUUCUCAGAGAGCAGCCUGGUGACGGAUCAUACCACCACCACCACGUUAGCACUGUUCGCAAGAGCCACGCACAGCACGGACACAUCAAAGAUGGACCUGCCCGGCAGAGGAACUGGCAGUGACGCGUCAGCAACAUCUGGGCCAGCUUGUGUGAAAGCAGAACUGGAGGGGGGCAUGAGAGGGGGCUGCAUAUCAACUGUGGACCUUUCAGAGCCACAGAAAGUCGCCCAGGGCCAUGAGUCUAUAGAGGGGUAUAGCAGCUGUACUUCUGGGCCAGAGAUAAAUGAUAUGCAGCAGGCUGGAAAAAAGCGGAGGGCAGCAGGGGAUGUUCCAUCCCCGGAAAUUCCCAGCCUGGAACGAAAGAGCAAGAGGAUGAAAAUCAAAUCUAAAAAAGAGCGCUCCCAGGUGGACCAGCUUCUAGCCGUGUCACUGCGGGAGGAGCAGCUGAGCGGCUCCCUUCAGGCGGUGGAUGCCAGCCUGAUCCAGGCACGUGCCGCUCUGCAGGCCACAUACAUGGAGGUACAGCGACUCCUGCUGGUGAAGCAGCAGGUUACCAUGGAAAUGAGCACACUCAGGACAAAACGCAUUGAGAUUCUGCAGGGGAUGAAAGAGGAAUAUACUGACAUUGCUGAACCAGGAGAGAAGGCCACUGCGGAGGAACCGGCAGCAGCUGCUACAUCCACUUUGCCGGCGUCUGCUCUGCCCACAUCCACUCUGUCAUCUUCUCUUUCCCCUCCGACUAACACCCCCUGCCAUGUCUCCGGGACACCCUCCCAAAACGUCCCGCCCCCUUCCUCGGAACGCCCUGCCAGCAGCCCUUCACUGCCCUCUGCUGAUGCCACCGCUGCCAUGAAUAACCUACACGUCCAGGGUGACCCUCCCUUCCAGUGUAUUCUGCCUCCUGACUCUCUUGGCAGGGUUCUCCUCGACUUGCAUGAUGCAUCUCAGGAGGCUUCCUGUAACACCAAAAAUGCAGACCAAAGCCCGUCCAUUCCGACCCGUAGCUUAUCGGCAGAGAGUCGACAGGCCAGUUUUGACUCCCAGGAGAGUGCGAGUGUACACUCGGAACACAGCCAGGAUUACUUGAAGGGUGGCGGCUUCACAGGGUCUGUGCAGUAUCUGUCUGGUGGUCACCUGCAGGACCCGACAGCACUGGUCAAGAAGUGUCCUGCUUCAGCCCCCAUUGAGGACACAGGUGACAAGACCGUCCGGGCCACUGCACCAACCAGCCAUAGAGACUCCGGUCUUGUUGCCACGGAAACGGUGUCAGGGAGUCAGGGCGGCAGGGCAGGCCGGCCAUGUACCCCCCAACGGGAAGCCCAGCCCUCACUCCCCUCAACGCUUCCUGAGUCCAAGAGCGGGAACCGCGUCCGGAGGCUAAAGAAGAAGAAGAUGCUGCGGAAAGCCCUCGGCGGCGAUCAGCCGGAGAACAGUGACACCGAGCUGGAUGGAGAACCCGUGGGUCGCCCGGUCCGCAAGCUGAAAUCCAGAAAGAAAGCCAAAGGAUCGCCGGUCAGCACGUCUUCUGUGGUCACGAAGGGUAAGGAGCAGGAUGCCACAGUAGAUGGGAAAGUUUCACCCCCGUCAAGGUACAAGCAGCAUAAUGAAGACGUGGACAGCAUGGCUGAUUCCUGCUUAAAAAUGGUGGAACUCCCUCAAGCAAAAUUCUCCAAAGCUAUCUCAGUUGAGUCCUCCGACUCCGACGAUGGGUCCACUCUUCAUACCCCAGCCUCAAAGAAGUCAUCGACUUCAAAUGCCCUGUCACCCCCGCCCGCAAUGCCCAAGGCAGAACCCCCGGCAUUGGCCUGCGAUGAGGUCACCUCAACCAGCGAGUUGGAUGCCAUUUCUAGACCCAAGACUUGCUCAAAUAAAAUGCAACAAUGUCUUCCCUCCGUGAAAGAGUCAAAGCUACAUUCAGAUGUGUCUUUGCAGCCUGGAGAUGAGGAAGAACUCUGUGAGGGUCUGUUUGAAGGCCACCAAGCGGCUAUCAGCGCCAUGCAGAUCCAUAACGGUCUGCUGUACACAUGUUCUGGAGAUCGCACGGUCCGGGCAUUCGACCUGGCGAACCGUAAAUGCGUGGCUGUGUUUGAGGGUCACAGCACAAAGGUGAACUGUUUGCUAGUGUUGUCUGGACCAGGGCUACAGCAGCGCCUGUACACGGGUUCGAGUGACCAGACCAUCCGCUGCUACAGCUUAAAAACUAAAGAGUGUCAGGAUCAGUUUGUUCUAUCAGACCGAGUGCUGUGCCUCCACAGCCGGUGGAAGAUUCUGUACGCCGGCCUUGCCAAUGGAACGGUGGUCAGUUUCAGUCUGAAGACCAAGCGACAGCUGGACGUGUUCGAGUGCCAUGGACCCCGUGCGGUGAGCUGCCUGGCGUCGGCGCAGGAGGGCGCACGGCGCCUCCUGCUGGUCGGCUCCUACGACUGCACCAUCAGUGUGCGAGAUGCCAAGAGCGGCCUGCUGCUUCGCACGCUGGAAGGACACACCAAAACGGUGCUCUGCAUGAAGGUGGUGAAUGACUUGGUCUUCAGUGGUUCCAGUGACCAAUCAGUUCAUGCUUAUAACAUUCAUACGGGAGAACUAGUGCGGAUCUAUAAGGGUCACAGUCAUGCUGUCACUGCGAUAACUAUCAUGGGAAAGGUGAUGGUCACUGCAUGUCUGGACAAACUGGUACGCGUCUACGAGUUGCAGUCACACAACCAGCUACAGGUGUACGGCGGACACAAGGACAUGGUGAUGUGUAUGGCUUUGCACAAGGGCAUGAUCUACACCGGCUGCUAUGAUGGGAGUGUGCAGGCCGUCAGGCUCAACCUGAUUAAGAACCAUCGCUGCUGGUGGCAGGGCUGCUCUGUAGUAUUUGGUGUAAUGGAGCAUCUACAGCAGCACGUGCUCACUGAGCACGUCAGUCCGAACCUCCAUACGCUCAGGUGCCGCUGGAGGAACUGCGACGCGCUCUUCAGCACACGUAAUAACUCCAAGCAGGACGCCCCCAAACACAUGCUGAGACACACAGAGGAGGACUGCAAGCUGGAUACCUGAGGGGGGGGACAGUGGUGAACAUUUUACUUCCCAUAUUGGGCGGAUAUCAAUGAUCAAAUGAUACAUACAUAUGAAACAAUGUUUGUAUCAUCAAUACUUAAAUACAUGACUUGGAGUGUAAUUCGGAAUUGCUGUAUGAGCUCCUGUACUAUUUCAACAGCCUAAUAAAUGGCAGUUACACAUUAGCAGUAAGAUAUUUUCUGCAUUUUGGUUUGAAAACAGUAUCUCCUAUGGUUUGGUUUUAAAAAACGACUGGAUUUGUUUAGGUACCAGAAGUAAACUUAUGCCUAGAACAUAUACAGUACAGUGCUUCUUACUACAACUCUCUGUCAUGGAUGUAAGUCUUUGAUAAAAACCGUAACACUAUAUUAUAUGUUUUGAAUGGACUUAAAGUGACCAGGUGGAACCAAAGCGGCCUGCCGUCCUUAAUGGUAACUGUCAUGUGGGCUUUAGCAAUUUCUAAUAACUCCCAGUUUGCUCUGGGAACCAGUGAAAAGGUAUGGAGGACAGGGGAGACCGGUGUCAAGUAGAAGUAUGAAUGCAUUAUAUUUUAUUGGGAAUCCUCUGUUUCCUGCUUCCACUUCUAUAAUCCCAGCUGCCCUGGUUUAUUUUAUAUUGUUAUAAAAUCAUAUAUUAUUUAUCUUAAUGUUUUUCAACCUUGGUAUUGACUGGUGCAUUAGCUAAAGUGAAGUUAAACUUGUGUUAACAGGAAACUUGCAAUAAAUGUUGUUACAUUUAGUUUAUUGUGUGUUAAGGAAUACAAGUAAUUGUGAAAAGUAACAAUUUAAAAUUGCUUUCCUCCUUAAAAUGAAUAUUAUACCAAAUUAAAAAAAUCAUUUGCCACUAGUCCUUAAACAAUUAACCGUACCCUUAAUUUAAAAUAGUUAAAAAUUUAUAUAUUCAUUUUAAAUCUGUCUCAGAGGCUUAGUGGAACACCUUCAUACAGAGUAUCUGCUCUCAGAACCAAGGUUUAAAAACAAUAUUCAGAUUGAAUCACUGCACAGAAGUGCUGAGCAAUUCAGCCUCUGUAUCCUAGCAACCAUAUUCCACUGCUUGUUGAUGUAGGGGGGUUGUUCCUCCUCCUGUUACUACGUAUAUAUAUUUUACUGAUUGUGUUUAAGGAACGUUUCCAGUUCUUAAACUGCAGACCAAAUAAUGCCGAGGAAAAUAAGACUUUAAAAAGAAACUUAAAGAGAGGUACAAGAAUCUAAUUGCUGUCUUAAAAACAGCAUCAAACUGUUUGAAAAUCUUGAUAGUAGUUGAUUGUAUGGCAUGGAGAGGAAUAUGCUUUGUUGUCAUUUUAAAUGAGUGACGGGAUUUAUGUUUCUGUUGAGGUUCUGUUGCUGAGUUAGUUUUUGGCUGCCACUGUGAAAUGCUUCUCCUUCCCAACUGAAGCUGCUCUGGACUGGACUCCUGUGGGAGAUAUUUGCACUGCAGAUAUAAAGGCCAAAGCAAAUGGAUAUUUAGACUGCAGUGGGUAUUUUUCCUAAAUUUUGAAGUUUUAGUUUGGAGCAUUAUAUAUUUGUAAGCCUUUAAGACUUCAUCUAGGACCUCAUUUCACUUACAGUUGCUUAGGAAUUUUUGAUUCUUAAUCUGCCAGUUAAGUUGUUUGCCAGUUCCUGAGUGUAGUGAAGCUCUUUGUUGUAAAACUCAGUUUGAGGGUGUUGUGAUAGGAUCUGUUUGCAGUGAUGGUAAGAGAGCAGAGUAGUAUUGGUUUUAUGUGUUUGAAAAGAUUACUGUGUGUUUGAGUCUACACUAAUUGUGUGAACGCCUGUUGAGAUUUCGGUUUUAAGGCAAGAUAAUGGGAGAGGUUGUUUUUAGAAGUGUGAAUCAUUGAGGUGCCUCAAGAGUCUCAAAACCAGGGUGCGUUUUUGUAUUUGCUUUUGAUAUUAUUCAUUAUUUAUAAUGUUACUAUUAGAAAUAAUGAAAUGUAAGGUGGCAUUGCAUACCUAGUGAAAGGGACCCUACGAAGGUCCUCAAUUGUGUGCCUUUCCCAGUGGUUUCUGGUUAAUCUUUCUAACCGGCUAAUAUUUUAAAAUAAUGAAUAAUUUAAAAGACUUGCAGAGUCUUUACGUGGGUUGGCUUUUUCCAAGUUCAACUUAAUAAUCUAUUUUAUUGUAGCAAGACUGACGACAAAUUAGUGUUUUAAGGAUGAUUUAAAGUUGAAGUUGUUUUGCAUAAGCUCAGUUGAUAAGUGCAGUGUUUUUUUGUAGUUAAUGACUGCUAGGAGGCAGAAAGAGUAAAAAGGGAAGAGCGAAGGUGCUCUAUCCUAUUGGAAAAGGGUUUCACUCCACUAUUUUGGGUGUGUGUGAGGGAGCAGACAUAGUGACGGAAAAUACGAAUGUGGACGUAGGGUUUGGGGAGAGAAUUACGCAGCAGACCUCCGUGCCAAACUCUGAGCAUGGCAGCACUCAGCAAAAACAGGCCUGGCCAGAAAGAUUGGUUUUAGAUAAUAAAUGUGCUUUUUCCUAUGCUAGAAGAUUUUAAACGUCAACUUAAAUAGCAGGUGAAGCGCAGUUCUCAGCAUGAGAGUACAUGAGAAUGAUGGCAGCUGGUGCGCAGUGAAAUGGGAGGUUGCGUUACGUCACUGGCUGUGAAAUGACACUGAGCUGCCUUUUCUCCUGCCGUCUCUCGCCUUCUGCAGACACCCCCCAGUAACCGUGCUGUUGCUUUCACAUUCUGCAGAGUGAAACAUAAGCAUGUAUUUUUUUUCUUCUUACCUGUUCUUUUUGAGUUUCUUUGACGAAGUAUUUUUUCCUACAGGCUGCUUUUUCUGUGCCAAGCUGUGAACUUGAGAGACUUUUUGUAAUAUUACAAUCAAUAAACUCGUUUAAAACAC